AUGUUGUCGCUGCUGCUGCCCCUGCUGCCCCUGCUGCUGCCCCUGCUGCUGCCCCUGCGGCUGCCUCUGCUGCUGCUUCCACCUCUGCAUCAGCAACGCAAAGGAGGAACUGGUGGCGACCGCCAACACGAAAGCGACGCGAUCAAAUCGUCUUGGGUCUCGUGGCAGGUCAACGGCUUGGCGUCCAUUCGCGUCUUGGCAGGUCAAGCAACUCUGGCCGGCGCACACCUUCGUCGCGGCAUCACGUGCGAUUUCUUUGCGCCGCUGCAAGAAGCGACGCACCAUCUGCUCGCAUUGCCGCUCCCCUCCGAAAUGUCUGAGCGAGAAGCGAUGGAGUCGCAGAGCGUUGCGAUUCACGCGCUGCGAGAAGGGCAAGGAGCAGGAGGCGCGUCGGGCCACUUUGACUUGCUCGUCUUGAUGGAAGAGUUGGACAAUGGAAUGCGAAGCAUUCGAGAUGUUUGUCCGACUGUUGCGUUUGAGGCUCGAAGAGUCGGAGAAGAGUCGAAUCCCUCGUCUCCCAUUUCUGGUCUGCUGAUCCACCAACCGCAGAUGAUCUCUUCCUCCUCCUCCUCCUCCGCCUCCGGCCCAUCCACACUCGCACCGAAGCGCACCGCUACUGCUGCUCCUCCACCACAAAUGCGCUAUCCCGAAACGUGGCAAAGAGCUUUGCAAUCCUUUGCUUCCUCUGCGCAAGUCUAUUCCAGCGCCAGCAUGGGAAGCUUGGAUGUGGAGGAGAGAGGGGCGGCGGCGGCGGCAGCGGCAGCGGCAGCGGCGCGCAGAGAAGCAAUCAGAGUGCUGAUCAGAGGACCUAGGAAUGUGGGCAAGAGCACCUUUGCUAGGAUGCUUUUGAACGCCAUCAUCUCUCGUCGAGCGAGCGCGACGGCGACGCGAGAUGCAGGUGGAGCUGAUGAAGCGCUAGCAGCAGCGGGGGCAAGAGUUGGAGGAACGGUUUACUGGUUAGAUACGGAUCCUGGACAACCGGAAUUCGCUCCGGCUGGAGUGUUGGGUCUGUACGCCUUCGACCUGUGCGCGACGCCAAAUGCUCCUGAAAAGAGCUUCGGGGACUCGUGGUCUGGGGUGGAUCUCGGGCAAGAGGCAGAGGUGUUCGUGGGACCGGCAUGGUGCGUAGCUCCUUAUGCUCGCACCGUCAAGUCUCAUUUCCUGGGCGACACGACGCCAAAGGAUUGUCCGAGGAUGUACUGCUCCAUGGUGGAGGAUCUUGUAAGAGUGUACGAAGAGGUUCGACUCGCUCCUGAUUCCUGGUCAGGCAGAGGUUUGCGAGAUGAAGGAUCAAGCAACAUCGCAGGAGCAGGAGCAGGAGCAGCGUUGGAUGGAACGUUGAUCAUCAACACGCACGGAUGGACCUCUGGAUUAGGCGCGGAUCUGAACAACGCAGUGGAAAGGAUGACGCUUCCAAGUCACAUUUUGGACUUGCAACCUUCGGAUCAACCUCUUGCGCGCGCAAAUCCUCCACAUUUUUCAAGAGCGCAAGAAGCGACUACGGAUUCGCGCGCGCGAGCCGAGGAGAGCCGGGAUGAUGCUCAGAUGCCGCCGGUCCCGCAACAUGAUGCCUCUUUUCCUACGCCCUACGUGGGCAGGCCUUAUCUGGACGAGACUGGCGCAACGCUGGCUAGCCCACCCGUCGUUUGGCCGCUAGAACCUGCUGCUGGUGCUUUUUGCGCGACCAGCUCCCGCUCCGGCUCGGGAUGGAGCGGGCGGCGAGAAGGCAAACGAGGACUUUCAGCGGCUGAAAAGAGAUCCGUAGGGUUGAUGGCGCACUUGUACCAACGUUCUCGACCUUUCCUUUUGCCAGCAGCAGCAGCAGCAGCGGCUUCUCUAGAUCAAAGUCGAUUGGAAACUGAAGAAGAGCUUGCUCGGGCGAGCGAUGCGCCUCUGAACUUUGCGCACCACCACCCAUCAUCGCCUCCUCGCAUCAUCAGGCGCGCAAGACCCGCUUGGGAUUUCGCGACGAGCUUGCUCGCAAAGAGACCUUGCGAAGUGCGCGUGGAGCAAGGGCUGCAGGCAGGCUUGCACGUUUUGGAUUUCGCAGCAGCAGCGAGCGUGCCUGACCAGCUCAAACUUGCUGCGCUCAACGGCGCACUGGUGGCCAUCGUCGUCGUCGACUUGCCGCCGCCGCCGCCGCCGCCGCCGCCGAUGCUCGAAGCUGGUCUUUCCUCUCAUGACGAGCCUGACCAGCCUUGCCCUUGGGUUUUGCCUGCUCGAGAAGGAAAGGAGGAGGGGAGAGGGGUGCAUCGAGAGCGUCCGUAUGAGCUUGAAGGCGCACAAGCACAAGCAGCAGCAGCGGCACCUGCUACGGAAAUGUGGAGAGAAGCGCUGAGCAAACCUUUGCCUCGCGUAUCGCGCUGCGCUUACUUGGGCAUGGCCAUCGUGCGCUCCAUAGAUCCUUUGAGCGGCAAGCUCAGCUUGAUCCACUCUCUUUCGCCUCAAGAAAUAAGUCUAGCAUUGCACCAUCCUCCUCCUCCUCCUCCUCCUGCAUCCCCGUCGCCGGCGGCGGCGGCGACUUUUUCAGCAGGCGCAACAAAGAGCUUGGAAGGGCAUGAGGAUGAAGAUGGGAGAAUGCGGCGGCGGCGGCGGCGAGGUCUAGCUCUGAUCAAGGGCAAUAUUCGACUACCCAUUUGGGCCUCUUUGGACCAUCAACACGUUCGAGCAAUCUCUCUUGGCACUCCAACGCCUUUCAAGCAUGUCGCCGCGGCGCAAGCUGAAGGAACUCGACGAGCACCACGCGAUUUGCAGGAGCAGGAGCAGCAGCUAGACACUUUGGCGGGCGUACGGCUGCAGGAUGUGCCUUAUUUGCAGUGGGAUGACGCGAUGCGUGGGAGCGGUACGGUGGGAAGGGGCGAGAGGAGAGUGAGGAGGAAUAUACUAAGAAGAGGUCAGAGGUGA